UAUAAAAAUCUUUUAAAAACUCCUUAUGCAAAUCAGAAGUAAUAAUGUUGUGUUCAAUUGACAGUUGGUUUCGCGGUAUAAUGAAAAGUAUCUGACUUUGAAUAUUACUAUUGUGUUGACGUUUACACUUUAAACUGAUUAAUUAAUAUUAAAAUGUGUAACGCUACCGUAAUCAACGUUCGUAUAGACUUUAUUAGGGUGUGCUAAGAUGACAUCAAACUUCGGCACGGAUGAUCUGAUUGUGCAAAUCACUGCACCACAAGUUAUUUCGGCGGAGGUGGCGGCGGGCGCGGGGGGCGCUGGGGGCGCAGGGAGCGCGGGGGGCGCCGAGCUGGGCCGGCGGCUGCUGCUGGCGGCGCGCGUGGGCGACACGCCGGCCGUGCUCGACCUCAUGGUCAAGGGCGCGCCCUUCACCACCGACUGGCUGGGCACGUCGCCGCUGCACCUGGCGGCUGCCAACGCGCACGAGGAGACGUGCGCCGUGCUGCUGCGCGCCGGCGUGUCGCGCGACGCGCGCACCAAGGUGGACCGCACGCCGCUGCACCUGGCCGCGCACGCCGGCCACGCGCGCGUGCUGCGCCUGCUGCUGCGUCACGGCGCCAACGUCGACUGCAGGGACAUGCUGCAGAUGACGCCGCUGCACUGGGCGGCGGCGCGCGGGCACGAGGCGGCGGCGCGCGCGCUGCUGGCGGCCGGCGCCGACGCGCGCGCGCGCUGCAAGUUCCGCAAGACGCCGCGCUGCCUGGCGCUGCGCGCGCGCGCGCCGCGCCUCGUGCGCCUGCUGGACGACGCGCUGGCGCAGCAGGAGCUCGCCGCCUCGCUGCGCCCCAUUGCACCCGACAAUACUUUGACGGAGGAUAGCACAAACCAGAAUAGUUUCGAAACUGUAACACGCCUGCACGGGGGGGACAAUGUGAACAACCUCAAGAACCCACAAGAAAAUAAUGUUAGAGCCGAGAGCAAGUCCGAGGUGCGAGCAGAGGGCGCGGCGAGAGCGGGGGGUGCGGUG